CUGUCAUUUUUUUUUAUCUAGGUCUUCCGCUGGUACACUUCUCUGCGUAGACCGAGAAGCAGCGGGAGGAAGGGGGGGACAUCGGUUUUGAGACCCAAACGCGGGUAUAUAAGCUAGGUAAGGAACGGACCAGAGGUUGAGUCGCGCACACGCGUACGCACUAGUGAAUUUUUUGCCCCCCUCGUCUCUGUCUCUAUUAAUCUUCAUCCGACAUGAAGCUGGUUAUCGUCCUCUUCGCCGUGGUGGCCGCAGUCAGUGCCUAUCCAGGCUACGAGCAUCACGAGCCCGAGCAUCACCACCAGGAGAUCCACGUGGCCCAGCCACAUCCGAUCCCGCCGCUGCACCCCAAGCCGCUCCAUCUCAAGGUGCACAGCGAGUCCACCAAGAUACACUACGAUCAUCCGCACAUCCCGCAUCCCCAUCUCAUCGGCUACGAGAAGUACCACGAGCCCGAGAUCGAGGUCAAGCCCGUGCAUCACGGACACGGCUGGGAAUGA